AUGGAUCCGGCACUUCGAAAAGCACUUCACAAUCAUGUUAUUAUUGCCAUUGUCUUUGUUGGUCUUAUCUUGCAAUUUAUCGAUGUUUCGGCGCUCGCUUACUACUGGCGUACCGGCACUGUAUUAGUAUCCACAAGAGCCUUUUGCUUUGCGUGGCUUUCCAUUCAUACCAUUGGGCUUAUAGGAACAACAAUUCUAGUGGCUUGGGGAUCGGUUGAACGUCAUAUUCUUAUCUUUCAUCCAAAUUUGAUUCGUACAAAAACAAAGCGAUUUUUUUUUCAUUAUCUCCCAUUGGUAAUAUGCAUGAUGUUUCCUGGCGUAUUUUAUAUUACUAUGCUCUUCAUUGUACCUUGUUCUACUACAGUGAGCUACAAUAAGGUAAGCUGUGGUUUGUACGCCUGUAUUGCUGUUAACCCGUCAAUUGCAUUGUAUGAUAGUGUGGUGAAUUAUAUCAUUCCUCCAUUUAUCAUUGUGAUAUUCAGUGUGGCCCUUAUUAUACGUGUGUUGGCUAGCAAAUGCCGUGCUCGUCAACGAAUUGAAUGGCGUAAUUAUAGAAAAAUGGCUAUCCAAUUAUUAUCAAUAUCUUUUCUCUACAUGUUUCUAUAUUGCCCGACAAUUUUCUUAUAUGCCACUUAUGUGGCCGGUUUACUGCCAUAUAUAACAGCUACCGGUUACUAUUCUGAUCUCAACUAUUUUGGUUACUUUGCUGUAACGUUGACUCCUUUAAUAUGUGCUCUCUCAAUGCCUGAACUUCGAACGAAAUUUAAAAUAUGUUUUCCAUGCUGCCGGAGAUGUCGUGCUGCUGUUGGUCCACAAGCAUUGAUGAUGACUCGUCCAAUAGCUGGUCCAACAGCUGCAAUAGCAGCAAUUACUAAAUAA